CUGCUUUCAAACAAACACACAAAGUUCGUAAUGUUAUCAGGAAGCAUGCUGUCCAUGGAAUUGUAGUCAACCUCCCAGGACGUGGUCGCAAGAAGAAUCUGGUUCCAGCGGUUGAAUCUCUCUGUUAAUGAAUUACACUAUGAGGGCGGCGCAGGCCGUCAUCCACACCCACUCCAAGGCUGCCGUCAUGGCAACUCUGUUUUAUCCUGGCAAGGAGUUCCGCAUAACUCACCAGGAGAUGAUAAAGGGAAUCCGCAAGGGCACCUCCAGCACCAACUACAGAUAUGAUGAAACGCUGGUGGUCCCCAUCAUUGAGAACACCCCGGAGGAGCGGGACCUGAAGGAGCGCAUGGCGCUGGCCAUGGAGCAGUACCCAGACUCCUGUGCGGUUCUCGUCCGGCGCCACGGCGUCUACGUGUGGGGGGAGUCCUGGGAGAAAGCCAAGACCAUGUGUGAAUGUUAUGACUACCUAUUUGACAUCGCCGUCCAAAUGAAGCAGAGUGGAAUGGAUCCUUCAGCACCACCCAUUGAAGAGAACCAUUACUACGAUGUCCAACAAUCCCAAUAAAUGGAGGCAAACAAUCAGGGCCUAAAAUUAACACCUGCCAAAUGUGGAUUUUUCACCUGCCAUGUCGCCGGGUGCUCAGGACUCCACAGUGCAAGUAUUUCACUCGCAUUUGUGAAUAUAAAAAGUCAAGUUUGAUCACAUUUAUAGUAACAUAUAUGCUGCAGUAGCUGUUUUCAAAGUAUUUCUGCCAUUUUUGUUUCAUAGCUGGUAAUAUAUAGCCUAUUCCACCUCGCUCUGCUACACAGCCUGGCUGGGGGCUGUGCACACGUGAAGAGCUGAGUGAAAGAUUACAUUUUUAGAAGUGCUGUGCACAGGCAUAAAAGUUGGUCUAAUUUACUUGAAAAGAAAGUCUACUGAAGUGAAACCCUGUCCUUGUGUUUCUUGGCUAUUUCCAUUGUUUUGGUGACAAGCUAGGUUGUUUUUCUAUGUUUGAGUUUCAACUGCUAGGGAAGAGAAGACCACGCUUCUACUAGUCAAUCUCUCAGGCAGAAACAAUACUCGAGUUGCGCUGCCACGGUAACCUCCCGCCCUUAAAGGUACAGGUGAACAUUUUUGUCUCUGAUAUUUUGGUUAAAAAUGAAAUGAAUCAAUAUACCAAUUUACUUCUUACUAGUAAUAUACUUAUUGUUUUAGAGACAUUACAAAGCAUGCUCAUCUGUCUUUUGUGUUUUGUUGGUGUAAUGUUUGUGGAAAAAAUAUUUUGGCUGGUAAAAAAGUGGCUGGUAGAUUUAAAAUAAAAAUUAAAUCUUCCUGCCACAGUGGCUUUUGUACCAAAAAGUAAAUUUUGUGUCCUGCAAACAAGCUUUAGAAAUGUAAAUGUAUUUUAAUAUACUGUAUCUACAGUAAUAGUGGAAUGAUGUUACACAAUAUUUUACCCCAAAAACCCCUUCUUAUUUGUCUAUAAAAGACAAACUGGCUGUUGUUGUCAAAUUGACUGGGCCUGAGCCACACACUAACCCAUUGUACUACAGCCACAGGCUUUAUUUGACGAGAUUUGCUGCCCUCAAAAAUAUGACGUGUAGCUCCUUUUUUAAAUUCUUCGUGGUGUAUGUUUAAUUAAUCUCUUUUUAAAGAUUAGGCUUUCCACAAUAACAGCAGUUCUAUUGGCCUCUCGUAUUGACAUAGUGCAGUUGUAGAGCAACAUGAGGAGCCUUUCAUGUUUAAAAUGGGUGUCUAAGAAACAUUUGAGCUGUUAAAGGUGACUGUGGUCUUACUCUGACCAGACAGUCUGUAUCACUACCAUCUGAAGUAUUACAAGAUUAAGUGUCUGAAUGCUCAAGAGAGAGAAAAUAAUGUAAUCUGAAAGAAUUAGACAUAUGGGGGGGUUGGUGUGUCAUAUCGCGCAAACGCCUGUCUGCACUUAUAGUAUUCAAAUUUAGCGAGAGUCAACUAGGGUUAUUGUCUUGCAUACUGCAAAUCAAACAGCCUAACAGAUGUGGAUUGGUCACAGGCGAACAGACGUUCACAUAAUAAAGGAAAACGUGAAUCAUGUCUGAUCAAUAAAGAUGAGGAUUCAUGUUAAA